AUGCCACGGGACUCACAACCACCGCCCUCGCCCACCCUCGAACUCGCCUCCCUCUCACCCACGUCCUCCAUCUCGCCCGACUCGCCGCUGCUCACGCCCACGUCGACGGCGCCCCCGCCGCGCUGGGCGCUCCCAUCGCGAACCCGACUCCAGCACCUCCUCGACGGCACGCGCACAGCGUCCAGAGCCAUCCUCCUGCGCACCAGACGCCUCGCCCCCCUCCCACGGCGCCUCUCCUGGACAUCCGGCGUCCUCUGCACGCUCCUCGCCUACACAAUCGCGUGCCUGGCCCUCUCCAUCCCGCCCUUCGCCUCCCGCCUCCCGGCCUACACGGGCCCCCACGCCGUCGGCGCCAUCGACAUGGAAGUGCCGCUCCCGCAGGCCCGCCUCAUCGCCGACCCCGUCUUCAAGCACUCCCACACGCCGGCGUUCAAGCUCGAAACCGUCCUCCUGACACUCUACUACCCAGCCUCCCCCUCCGCCUCGUCCUCCUCCCCGCCGCUCCCCUGGAUCCCGCGGCCCAUCAGCCUCACGGCCCAGGGAUACGCGCGCUUCGCCCGGGCCGACAACUUCCUCACCCGCCCGCUCUUCACAUUCCUCCUCUGGCUCGCCGCCGGGUCCGUCACCAUCCCCGCCGCCACCGACGUCCCCCUCCUCGCAGACGGCGGCGCCAAGCUCCCCGUCGUCGUCUUCUCCCACGGCAUGGCCUCCUCCCGCACCGACUACACCCACUACCUCGGCUCCCUCGCGUCGCGCGGCGCCGUCGUCGCCGCCCUCGAGCACCGCGACGGCUCCUGCCCCGGCACCCUCAUCCGCCUCCCCGACCGCCCGCCCCUCCAACGCCCUCACUUCCGCGCCUCCGACCUCCUCGCCUCGCCCACCAACCGCACCCCCGUCGACACGCCCUCCAUGAAGCGGCACCAACUCGCCUUCCGCGACGCCGAAAUCUUCGAAACCAUCCGCCUCCUGCGGCUCCUCGACGCCAACGCCUCCGUCCCAAGCACCCGCGACCCCCCAAAGUCCCUGGGCUCCUUCGCCUCGCGCCUCGACCUAGACACCCUCGUCACAGCAGGCCACUCGUACGGCGCCACAGCCGCCCUCCAGGCCCUCCGGCACGCGCCCUCCCCCUCCGACAAAGGGCCCAACCCGUCCGUGGCCGGCAUCGCCCUCGACCCAGGCAAGGAGAGCGGGCCCCUCAACGCCGCGCUCAACGUGUCCCUGCUCGUCGUCCACUCCGACUCGUGGUCCCGCCAGCGCACCCUCUUCUUCGGCAGGCCGCACUUCGACACCGUCCGCGACCUGGUCGCCGACGUCCUCGAGAGGUCCGGGCGCGCAGCCUGGUUCCUGACGAGCCUCGGCACAAGCCACCCCAGCGUGUCGGAUGCCCCCCUCAUAGAGCCCCUCCUGCUGAGCUGGACGACGGGCGCGACGCUCAAUGUGAGGGAGGCCUUGGGCGAGUACGUCCGCGUUUCGCACGACUUUAUCCAGUCUCUGCGGACCGCCAAAGUGGACGGCAUUCUGCAGGAAAAGGUUACGCACACCGAAUACAACAAGUGGGUGAGCGAUGAGAGAAAAGCCUCCUUUCCCAAGGACAUGGCCCGCUUAUGGGAAAUUCAUGUCAGUCCGGCCUCGUCAAACGACCUGAAGGGCCCAGACGGACAGACCUGA